AUGGAAAUGGAGGAUAACAGAGAAGAGUUUGUAUAUGAAUCAGACGAGUGGGAAGAUGGGGAGAUAGAUCUCCGAGAUGACGACGAGAUAGACAGAGAAAAAGAGAAGGAACUCCGAAUGAGAAAUCGGAAGACUAUUAUUUACUUAAAGUAUGUGGAUAAACACUUGAAGGGAAUGAAGAAAUUAAUCAAAGAAUUGGUAGAUUCUGAUGAAGCUGAGACAAUAGAUAAAUCUACGGCGGCUCGAAUGAUAGAUGUUUCCAGUACUUCUCGGUUCUUCUCUGACUUUAUGUCGAGUGAGACACCAGCUGAAACUUCUGAUAGUGAGGACGAGGCAAAAGAAUCCAACACAGAGUCUUCUGAUAUAUCGUCGAGGGAGAGUGUCUCCAAAAGAGUUCGAGCCAAUAAUGAAAACGAAGGAAUAUCAGAAAAACGUCGCCGAGUUGAUAGCAAAUAUCAAGGAGAAUCAGAUGCCCCAACCCCAGAAAUAAUUCCAAUUCCACGAAAGAAAUAUCCAUAUAUUCAUAAAGUUCUCGACUCACUCGAAAUAAAAGUCGAAAACGUACUGCACCUCUUUCAUUGUGUUCCCGGAUUGAAAUAUCUCCAGGAAAAAUUAGAAGAACUCUUGUUGUCUAUAGCACAAGGCUAUGAUUUCAGUACUCAGGAGAAUCGAAUGUUGUUCAUGGAUAAAUUGAACCAGUCGGUUCACGUCGCCUUACGGCGACUAAACCUCCUUCUUAACACCACCCUUCUAUGUGCUACAGUAAAUCUUAAUUAA